UUAUUAAACUUUUGACCUUUUGUUUCAAUUCUUCUCGUCACGUUUGCGAAAGUAACCGACGCCUACAUCUUAAUUUUUUAGCUAAACAGUUUUGGAAGAAGCCAGAAGGAAGGUGGUACGGUCCCGGAGGACCUACGCCACUAUCGUUUGAAAAUAAACAUAAAAAUGAAAAGGUGGUGGAACUACAGUCAAGGCCCAAGCUCACGCAAGCGGGUGUAUAUAUGCCCUUUUAAUGGUGGCGUCUCGAUGACAAGCUUAAAAAGGGAGAGUAGUUCCCUUGAAAGAGAGGCAUAUUCAGAGCUGCUUCUUGUCAAAUGCAACAGGGGCAUCUCCACUUACUUCAGAUAUAGGAACAACCGUUUUUCUUCUGUCUUUAAUUACCUUCACUUUCCUCUUUUGCUUUCUGGGCGCUUCUCAUUUUUGCUAUCUUUGUUAUUUCUUGGCGGCUAGCUUCUCCCUCUUUCACAUCAUGAAAGUUUCUUCCGAACAACUAAGAUGUAAGACAUGCAGACAUGAUCUGGGUAUAUGUUGAUUGUUGAGCUUGAAUUGAUUCCUCAUUGUGUCUCAUUUAAAGGAACACCUCACCCCUGGCUUUCUCUGAAGUAUUUAUCCAUCAAAGUAGGAAGCAUGCUUUGCUAUUGUCGUUCACCAAACAAGUAUAAGAGAUUGGAUGCAAAGCUUGAAAGGAAAAUGGUUGAGGCCAAAAAAGGCUCCUCAGGACAUCAUAAUUUCAAGUCAAUUGACAGCAUAAUUAUGAAGUUCCCUCAGCUAAGAGAUGGUUUGAAAAAUAUAAGAGCUGUGUUUGAACAGUAUGAUGAAGACUCUAGUGGAACUAUUGACAGAGAUGAACUGAAUAAAUGCUUACAGAAACUGCAACUCCAUCUGAUGGAGGAGGAGGUUGAGGAUCUUUUCCAUUCAUGCGACAUUGAUGGCAGUGAAGGGAUACAAUUCAAUGAGUUUAUCGUUCUUCUUUGUCUUAUCUAUCUCCUGAAGGGGCCUUCUUCCUCCCAUACUACAUCAAGGUUGGGCUCACCACAGCUUGAAGCAACUUUUGAUGCCAUAAUUGAAGUAUUCUUGUUUUUCGAUAAGAAUGGAGAUGGAAAGCUGAAUAAGAGCGACAUGGUCAAGGCAUUUAAUGACUCCUCUCCUCGGGAGAAAUCUCCUUCACACAUAACCCGGAUACGAUUCAAAGAAAUGGACCGGGACAGGAAUGGGAAAGUCAGUUUCAGGGAGUUCCUCUUUGCUUUCAUCAAUUGGGUUGGGAUUGACACGGAUGAAGAAGUGCCUCUUACAGGAACUUAACAAAAAGGUGACAGGUUGAUAUUAACAGGAUGUAAAGACUGAUGAGGUCAGAUUACAUCUGCGUAUAUUCCUAAAGCCUCUCAAAUAUGUAAAGACUUAAAUAUUGUCUCUAGUAUUCAUCACUUAAGAUUUUUUUUAGGUGUUUGAACUAUAUUCCGUUUUAUAAAUUACAAUGAUUUCUGUUGAUGUUAA